CACAUUCGGUCAAGGCGGUUCGUAUUUUUUCUGCGCUAGCGCGGAAUGCAGCACGGUGGUCGCGGAAAGAAUGAUUAUCAACACGGAAAUCGGCAGUUUGUAACCGCCAUAUUGUUUGUACGCACGUUGCUGGCGACUCGGUGGUGAAUCUCGCGGUUUGCAAAGUUAGUAAAGGCGUCGAACGGUUUCGAGAAAGGUAAAUAUGAUAGUGAAAAAGUGUCACGAAAGAACCAUUUCCGUGUCGUGAUAACGUGAUUUGGUAAAAGCAGUGAUCACAGGUCUGAAAACAUCACCGUGUGAAAUUGGUGUAAACCAGCAGCGAAUCGAUCGAAUCGACUACGAAGCGACUCUCUCCUCGGCUCAGACUCCUCGAAAAUCUAAAUAUUUGCCUGGAUGACGUCACUCUCAGUUCUGAAAUGGCCCGUCCGCGAGCAUCCACUCUACGCGAGCCAGCCCGGCUCGCAUUUUAGUCGAAACCACGAAAUUCUGUGCGCCAAAUGACCUCGAAAGUCCAGCAUAUUCGGGCGUGCGAGGACCGCGAGCUCCUCUUUCGUUAAAAAUCACAUUAGAGCUACGACACCCUGCUUCUCUUCGUGAGGAGUAAAAAUCCACGAGCUAUAUCGGAACUUUCUCAUCCCGUUGUCGUCGGCGCCUCAAUCGGAGUAAAAGGACAGCAGAGGAAAUCAUCGUUUUCACGGAAGUACAAUGUCGUUUCAUCGAGGAGGUCACGCGGGUGCCGUUGCUGUGUCAUAUAGUUCGAGUCCAAUGGCGCCACUGUCGCCCAGCAGAAGGUACUCCAGUGGCAGCACGAGUACAACCACAUCGGGAAUUGGGAGUUCAACAUCAAAAUUUAGUACCUACAGAUCGUCGGGUACCUCGAUUCUCGAUCGGCCAAGUAGUUACUACUCAACGUCAACAGCUGGCUCUACUUACCGAUCGAAUUACCUGUCGGAGUACAGACGAUCGUUCUGCUCGCCAGGAAGGUCAGUCUCGUCGUCCGCGUACUCCGACACGGGUUCCGGUGGCUCGGUGAGCAGCGUCAGGUUCCCGACAACGUCCUCGGGCGGCAGCAGCUCAUCCUCGAGGGACCGUAGCGAGACCCGCGAGAGUCUAAGCAGCUUGACGACCUCGGCUGCCGACAUCAUCGCCAAGUACUCGCCCGCCAACUACGUGCCGAACAUCCAUCCGAGUUCACAUUCGAGCAGCAGCUUCUCCAGCUCGAUAUUCGGUGGAAACGCGGCCGACGCCAAGAGCGGCACCAGGGAUCGCGAUAGGGACACUCUGAAUCUUGAUCAGAGAUCUACGAACUCGUCGGCUGGGACGUUGGGACAAUCCUCCAGGGUGACGAGAAGACCACCCCUAGGCACGCUGAUCACCAGCCAUGCACAGAACGACAGCGCCCUGGCGCCAUCAGAGGUAACGGACAGCGACCAGCGCAACAACAACGGGCACGAGCUCAGCGUCAGCAAUACCGUGAACAACAACAAAAUCAAUGUCAUCGGGACCAUCAAACACUUUGAGAAUUUGCCUGAUAAGACUCCAGACAUCCCGGAACAGGUUCCUGCUAAUGCUACUGUGAACCCUAACCCCAAAUGCACUAGCCCUUUGUUCAGCACUAACAACCCCCGCAACAAGCUGACUAACAACAAUGCUCGGGACACUGAAAAUAAGAUGGUUCAACUCGCACUCAACGGACCAGGACGCCGAGAGGAGGAUAUCUCCAGGAGUCAAGGAGAAACGACGAUAGCUGAGGAUUCCGAGGCUCGUGAGGAUGCUCCGUCGCCGUCGCCGUCGCCGCCGCCAGUACCCUCGCCUACGUUCACCUCCCUUGAGCUUGCCUCGGAACAUUCUACGGGAUUUAACACGGGUAUACCGGUUGUUCAGAAUGGCAGUUCUGGAAGACCCUCCGGGACUCAGGGUAGCGAUCCUCCCUCCUCCGUACCUUCGACCUCGCGGAGAAACGAAUUCUUUCCUGGAAACUCGGACGAUAGCUCAUCCUCGUCCUCGGCAACUCCUCAUCAGAGUGUCUACCGUGGUAUCUCCGAACAGAUCGAGGGAAGCCCAACCGGCAGGCCGCCGCGCAAUCGACUGCAGGGAAAUCGUGACGAACGUUGCGGUUUAAACGGAUUGCGAAACAUUGGAAACACAUGUUUCAUGAACAGCGUCGUUCAAUGUCUCAGCAACACGAGACCACUGCUCGAGUACCUGCUGAACGAUCAGUACCUGACUGACAUAAACACUACGACCUCAAGCAUGAAAGGUGCCCUUAUUAAGGCCUUUAGUCGGGUAAUACAGGAACUCUGGGAAGGUGGUAGCGAUCACGUAGUCAAUACCACGGCACUAAAAAGUCAAAUUCAAAGAUUUGCACCACGUUUCAUGGGAUACAGUCAACAGGACGCCCAGGAGUUUCUUAGAUACUUGCUGGAGGGUCUGCACGAGGACGUGAACAGAGUGACUGUCAAGCCGCAACCCAUUCACACCGAUAUACCUGAUCAUUACACGGACAGCCAGAAAGCGGCAGAGAGCUGGAAACGCUAUCUGCGUAGCGAGGACAGCACGAUAGUCGACGUAUUCGUCGGACAGUUACGUUCCUCUUUACACUGUACAUCGUGUGGCCAUGAAUCCGUUACCCUGGAUCCAUUCUGGGACCUUAGCUUGCCAAUUCCCAGCAGGAGUGGAACAGUCAAGCUUAAUCAGUGCCUGGAGCACUUCACCAGGGAAGAGGUGCUGGAUGGAGAUGAGAAGCCAACAUGCUCCAAGUGCCAGAUGAGAAGAAAGUGUACCAAGAGCUUCAGUAUUCAAAAGUUUCCAAAGAUCUUGGUCAUUCAUCUGAAGCGCUUCUCGCCGAUGGAACGAUUCCGCGGUAAGCUCAACGUGCUGGUGGACUUUCCGCUAACCGGUUUGGACCUCAGUGCCUUUGCUGCCCCAAGAGUUCAGGGUUGUACCUACAAUUUAUACGGGGUAGCGAAUCACUCCGGCACCACCUACUCUGGCCAUUAUACCGCCUACUGCAAGCAUCCGUAUUCGGGAGAGUGGCACGAGUAUAACGACAACAGGGUUUCGCCGGUACCAGCGCGAUCAGUCGUCUCCAGCGAAGCCUACGUUCUAUUCUACGAACAGCAACCUCAUAGUUCUCACUUGUAACCUUACGCUACGCCUAGGAAAGAACCAUCUUGCCUCGCGGUAUCGGAACCCAAUUUAACACCACCUUCCGUUGUGCGAUUUUGAAAAGCGACUAAAGGCCGAAAAAUAAUGUUUUUUUUUAAAGAAAAAAAAAGAAGAAGGGGUUCCUCGUUGUUCGGCAACCACAUGCAACCUUAACCUAAUCUAACCUUACGACGUGGCGAUAAUCGCGUGUCCGCCUUACAGGAUCUUGUACCUGAACCGCAUACUCUUUUUUUUUGGCGAUGUGGUGUCCUGGUGCAUGCGACCUUGGUUCUUUCUUUCUCACAGUAGCCCUUCGAUAGUUUAUCGUGCCAUGAACGCCUCGAGGAAUGCGGGUAACGUUUUCGUAGGUGAUUCAUGUACAUUUUCAGAAUAUAUCGCGACGCUGGGAUAUAUAUUAUCAAUUUUCUAGAACUUUUUCAUUUGUCUUUUUUUCUCUGGGCGCUACGGGAAGGGAAGACAUUGUCCCGAUUGGCAGGGCUGAAAGAAUAAUGUUCUUUUAUAUUUUUUUAAAAUCAUUUUCAAGCAUUUGCCAUUUAAGAAUUUGAUUCGUUUCAAGUGUCGCCAAGGUAAGCACAGAUUUAGAUGGUUCUUAGACCUUCAGGUGUCUAGUUGCUUUUGGGAACGGACGAUAUGGUUAACAUCUGUCACACUCCUCACCGAACACCAGGCUAUCUACGGCUAUUUACUUUUGUAAAAUAUUUUGUUUAAUUAUUACAGUCAAGAGUUAUUUAUUUAAUUUAUGGAAAGAGAAGAAAAUGAAGAAAUAAAAUAUUAAUAUAUACAUUAUUCAUGAACGAUAUGAAAAUAAAGCGAAAGGUUGAUGGAUAAUUCAACGAUAUA